AUGCUGACCAAGAUUCCAAUACUAAUUGAAGCAGAUUGUCUAAACAAGAAUUCCUGGCAAGAGGAUAAAUGCCAGGGCCUGAUCGACGCUCUAUACGAAUGCUGCAACGCCUUCUACCAGGAACGAGGGGAUGAUGCGUCAGUGGUUAGCUGCCCUAAAGCACAUCUACUACGCUUAAAGAUGAAACAAAGAGCACAAGCAGCAGAGAAGCAGGAGAAUUGA